GGUCGUGACCCCUAUGAGGGACGUGCACCACCUCCCGCUGAUUAUGUCUGGGAAUAGAGCCGCCAUGGUGGUGCCUGGCCCCCAGCAUCUAGAACACGUGGUGCCCCGCAACCACAGCCUCUGAUGGGCCCAGACCGAGGUUACCGACCCCCCGACCGGUACGCAGAUUACGGACCCCCAAUCCCAGGUGCCAGAUAUGACUCACCACGAGACCUUCGGGGGGAGAGGGCGGACUGGGACCGCCAGGACCUGAGGGAGGAGUUUUACCCUGACCGCAGGGAGUGGGACAGCAGACAUGAUGAGAGGAGAGACUAUCCCCCUCCCCCCAGGGAUGAUCGCUUCCUGGACCAGCCUGAUGACAGGUUCAGGGACAGUCGCUAUGAAAGAAAAAAUGAUGAUAGAAGAGAUGACAAUAGGUCAAAGAGAGAUCGCUAUGGCGAUGAUAGGUCAGAGAGAGGGGAUAGGGACAAGGGCGAUUCUCUCGGAAGGUCAGACUAUGACAGAGAUCGUAGGAGUGGGGCAUCCAUAGACAGAAGGCAGGAUUUGUCUCAAGACAGAAAAGGGGACAUAAGGGAUCGCAGAAGGGAAGGGUCACCUGACAGACAGCUAGGUGGCCCAUCAAGGGGAGCAUCUAAAGAGAAGCACCGUGAGGAGGGAGACAGAAGGAAGGAGGAGGCAGGGGAUAAAAAAGGGGAGCGAUCAGUGGAUAGGAAGAGAGAAGAAAAAAGGAGGGAUGAAAGAGGGAGAGGGACAAGUGAUAAACAGAAGGCUGGCUCUGUAGAGAAACCCAUGGAGGCCUCACCCAAUCGGAUGAGAGAGAAGUCACAUGACAAGAAGUGGGAGGAGUCACCGGAAAGGUUGGCUGGGGAUAGAGAGACAGAGAAGGUCAAAGGAGAAGUGGAGGACAGGGGGAAGAGAGAUACCGAGAGAGAGGAGAGGUCCAGUCAAGGCCGAGAUAGGACAUCUCGAGAUAAAGGCGACCCUACACCGGUAAAUCUGAUAUCGUUUCUCGAAAAUCGAAAAUGUUAUUUUAAACCAAGUUUCUAUGUCAAAUGUAAAGGUCAUAGCAGGUAUUUCAAUUGGAUCUUUGUCCAGACAAUAUUUUUCUUUUCAACAACCCUAUCGCACUCAUUUUUUCUUCAAACAGACAAGAAAAAGGACAAGAAAGUAAAAAAGUCUCACAAGGAAAAAUCCAAAGAAGACGAAAAAGGAGAGGAACAUAAAGACAAGAAAGAGAAAGUGGAGCCGAGGAAGGAGAGCAGAAAACGAGGGCAUGAUGAUAAAGACCGAUCAGUGUCACCUGCACCCAGAAGGGAAGCUGACCUAUCCCCCACCCCCUCUACAAAGAGGGUCAGGGACAUAUCUCCUACCCCCUCCACAAAAAAGGCCAGGGAUUUAUCCCCCACCCCAUCAACGAAGAAGGCUAGGGAAAUAUCCCCAACCCCUCCUUCUAAAAGGAGCAGGGAAUUGUCACCAGCAGAAUCCCAUCGAAGCAAGAGAGAGGUGUCACCAGCUCUUUCUCACAGAAGUAAGUCCAGUGCUGUGGCUCCUGUAGAGAAGUUGUUAACUAAGGGGGGAGAGGAGGAGGAGAAAUCAAGGUCACGGGACUGGGACCGAGGCAGUGAGAAGUCGGACAGGAAGGGGCGGGAGAGACACGCCUCUAGUCCCUUCUCAGUUGAAGAAGACAGAAGAUCAAGGAUCUCUAAGAGGUCAAGGUCACCUGAGGUCAGAGGGGAUCAGCGAGAUCAAGACAGAAGAAAGAAAAGGAGAACGGAAAAGGAAGAUGACAGAAAAAGUAGUGACAAACCUAAAGAAGAGGACCGCAAAUCAGUCAGCAGACGAUCUCAGGGCAGCCAGCCAGAUAACAAGCACAGUGAUUGGUCAGAGGAUUCGGAGGAAGUCCCCAAAACAGCAGACAACACAGAGAAAGAGCAGGUGGCAUCUGCAUUACCAGAACGUCUCCAAACUCGCCGACAGAGAAGUCAGAGUCGUAGCAGCAUAGGCAGCACCGGGCGCAGCAGUCACCGUGACAACCGAAGCAGACGAUCCUCGUUUGACCGCGGUAGACGUGACCGCUCACCAGACAACAGAACCUCUAGUCGUCCCAGCAGCAAAGAAAGGUCAAGCAAAGCAAGAGCUAGCUCUAUAGAAGACAGAGAAAAGGAGAGGAGCAAAAGAGAGACUUCGGAGAGCAAAACUGUGGCUCCACCCCUUAAAGAAGAGGACAAGAACGAUAUAGAUGAGGAGGAGAAUUCUGACGACAAUUUGUCUCUGGAGGAGAUAUCAAGUGAAGAGGGCAGUGUUAUUGGGGAAGAGGAAAAGAAACCCAGUAUAAUGGACAUAGUGGAUAUAGACUGGACAAGUCUGGUUCAGUCUUCACAACCUAAAUCGGCCAGUACUGGUUCAGCUCUCCAGUGCUUCAGGGCACCCGCUAUCUUUGCCUCACUUGGUGUUUCUAAGGAGUUUGCCGGGGAGAAGCUGUUCCAAAAAAUCCAAAGUUCUUGUCAACAGGAGCUUGAGGCUCAAAGAGAAAAAGAUUCAGGGACACCAUCAAAACCAGUUGUGUAUGAACUACAAGAUUCUCUUAAGAAAGUUCAGACAGAGAGAUCAACGGCAUUUUCCUCCAAAAAGGACAUCCUAGCCAAAAUCGGCAACUUCCGAAGGGCGCUGUGUGCCAGGAAAGAUAUCGAGAUCCGACGGAAACUCUGUAGAGUUGACACAAACUUGGACCAAUCCUUCAAUCCUCCGGUACCAGACCAAGAGCUGUGUAAACUGAGUGCACAGCUACUGUCUCAGUGCGGCGACGUUUUCCCUGUGAAAAAGGAGGAGACAACUCCCCCAGCCAUUAAACCUGAAAUACAGUGUGCCUAAGGUUGGCAAGAGGUCAUGAGGGGUCCAUUGUUGUAAACUAGCUCAGACAAAUGGUUUUGUCACGACAUGCCUGCUAUCUUAUUUGGAUCUCAAUCCAUUUACCGCAGGCAUAAUGUUACUCCAUGUGCAGAGACGCAUAUCCAUCAAACGUGUGUGUUCAAUGAUUGUAUCUAAUUAACUGGAUGAAAAGAAAAAAAUAU